AUGUUAAAAGUACGGGCGAAACCGCCCGGCAAAAAGCGGGGAGCGUUAAAUGCACGGGCGAAACCGCCCGGCAAAAAAAAAGGAAGGGGGCGCUGGCAGCCAGCCGGGCACGAACUUUUCGGGAACAUGCCGGCGAGUUACCGGUAUCGCGGCCAAAGCAUAAUAGCGAAGUUAAAAAAUAGGGUAAAGCUUAAAUUGCACAAAAGCGCUUGGAGCGCGGAGGAUUUAAAGGACCAACCCCGGGUGCCCGAAAGGGCACGAAAAAAGGGGAGCACAACGGAACGCGCGUGCAAAUUAUUAAACGUUUUGGUUACCCAUGUAUAUUACGAAUGCCAAAUUAAAAAAAAUGCAUUACAACGAUUUAAAUUUACGUUAAAAAACAACAAGGAUUUUAAUUACGAAAUCGUUAUUAACGUUUGUUAUUUGGGCAACAAACCGGUCCUUUAUGUAAUUAACGAAACGCUAUUGGAUAAAUGUUUAUUUAAAGCCCCCAAACCUAUAAAAAUAAUUAACGAUACCGCGGGACCAAACGGUUUGGUCUUAACGUUGCUCGUUUUUAAAGCCAUGCCACGGAUAAACCACGAAUUACCACCGUUACCAAUUAUAACCAAACGUGCGCAAACAAUUAAAAAGGCUAUAGCAAAGCUUCGAAAAGCAAUUAAUAAAAAAAAAGUUACAAACGCUAUUAAUACCUGGAAUGGCUUUAAUAUUAGCACCGUUAAACCAAACUUUUUCGCUUUUGGAAUAAAAAUUUUAAUAUUUUAG